CGGCCAAGUGCCGCGAGAUCUCGGCUGCCCCGCCCCAGGCGCGAGUUCGCCACGGGCCUAUAAGAACCGUGGAAGCGCACUCCUGGGUUUCCCCGCGCUCCGCGUGCGACUGCGCGUGUGCGGCUCUGAGUGUGGGCGCCGCGGCGGCCCAGCUACCCGGUACUGCGGGACGCCGACGCCCCGACCGUGAGGCCCACGCCGCCAGGACCGCGGGGAGAGGGGAGCUCUGCUCCCAACGCCCAGUGAAGUUGUCCAUGUGAGUCCUGCAUGUCUGGGUGUUCCUGGCCCCCCACCCAUCCGCCUGGAGGUGCAUCUGUGGGCGCGGGGAGCAAGAGUGGCGGAUAUGAUCUCAACCUCUUCGCCAGCCCUCCCGACUGCAACUUCCUGUGCUCCGUGUGCCACGGGGUUCUCAAGAGGCCAGUGAGGUUGCCAUGCAGCCAUAUCUUCUGCAAGAAAUGCAUCCUCCGGUGGCUAGCCAGACAGAAGACCUGUCCAUGCUGCAGGAAAGAGGUGAAAUGGAAAAAGAUGGUCCAUGUAAAUAAACUCCGGAGGACCAUCGGCCGCCUGGAAGUCAAGUGCAAGAACGCGGAAGCUGGCUGCUUGGUGACGUGCCCCCUGGCCCAUCGAAGGGGGCACCAGGACUCAUGCCCUUUCGAGCUGAUGGCCUGCCCCAAUGAGGGCUGCACGGCACGGGUGCCACGUGGGGCCCUGGCUGAGCACUGGCAGCACUGCCAACGUGGGGCCCAGCAGCGCUGCCCACUGGGCUGUGGGGCCGCCCUGGGCCCGGUGGAGCGUGCACGCCACAACUGCUACCGUGAGCUGCGCGACGCCUGGACCCAGCGUCAGGAGCGCAGCCGGACCCUGGUGCUGGGCCUGCUGCGGCGCAUGCGCAAAGUGCACCGCACCACCAAUCUCAUCCGCAGGCAGCUGGCCCAGCUCGGAGACUUCCUGGAGGAGGACGACGCGCUGCUCGUGGGCGCCCCGCAAGGGGAGUCCGAGGCCACCCCAGAAGGCAGCAUUGGGGCCGAGGUUGGGGGGCCCAGGGCCACGGUACCUUGUAAACAGAGGGGUAAAUAAACGCAGAGCCCAGGCCUGGCCCGCCCUGCCACUUCUGUGCUUGCCGGCCUCACAGCUUUAUCCCAUUUGCCACCCCCACCCCCGCCCCGCCCCGCCCCAGGCACUACUGCCUUCACCACGCAGGGACACUGGCCUUUCUCCCUGGGCCGCUCCUGCCUGCAAGGCUCUUCUCCCUGCUCUCCGUUUGCCUGGUUUCUUGUCCCUCAGAUACCUCUUCCUCGCAGAGGUUAUCCCUGAAACCCUCCCAGUCUCCUUCCUGUUACUUCUACCUGUCUGUUAACCAACUUCCCAGCCAGUCACACAAACAGCUCAAAACCCUGAACUCCUAGGAAAAGCCCACGCCUCACAAUGACUCAGGGAACUGCCAUUAUCUCUGACCUCCUGCCCCUAUCGUCUCAGUACUCCCUGUAGCCACAAGCACUGUCCCCCCAAACAGCCACAGGGAUCCCCGCUUUACUCACUCAGGCGACACCUUACCUCCCCCACCACCCCAUUUAAAAGCCCGUUACCCUGAUCUGUUCUUUCUACAGCACUAAUCGCUGAACGCUCCCGAUUAUUCCUUGCCCGUCCUCCGCCAGCCCUCUCUCCUCUAGCACCUCCUGCUCUUGUGCCUCCCAAAUGUCUACAACAGUGCUUUGCACAUAGAAUGUGAUCAAUAAAUAUUUGAGAGUCUCUGAAGU